AGGGCGAACUCAGGGCUGAUGUGCCUUUCCCUCUUCCCGUGAUCUCCAAAGACAUUCCCUCGGAGUCCGCGCCCCUUCAGAUCCCCUUUGGGGGCCUGGACUCGGAGCUCUACUUCACGGCUCCCUCGACCCCCAUCCGGGUCGGCUUCUCGCCCCUCAGGCCGCUCCCACCCCACGCUCAACAGCACCUUCCUCUCUCCAAAGAGGGCUCCGGCGAGGAGCACCACGACAUGGACGCCGAGGGCCUCGGCUCUCCGCCCACCUCGCCCUCGGGGUCCUACAUGACUGCCGAGGGGGGCAGCUGGGCCUCGUCCGGCACCGCCAGCACCUCCCCCUCUUGCUCGCCCAACCUGAUGGCCGAGUCCGAAGCCAUGGAGGAGGCUGCCGAGGGGGCGGGGGAGCUUGCCGAGGGAGCACCGCCGAGGCCGCCGGCCGCGGCUCCUGGCCUGUCCCCUGAGCUGGGAAGAGAGGUGACCUUCCAGACUCUCUCGCCCCAUGGAGUCCACGCCUCGUUUGUGGCCGACGAGGAGGGCGAGGACGACGACGAGGGGCAGACGACUCCAGAAGAAGAUGACCCCUGGGACCCUGACAUGGCCGCCCUGGUCCCUCCAAAGCUGGAGCCGGUCAAACUCUCUUGGACCGAGAGUGGAGAAGAGUCCGAGGAAGACGAAGACAGACUGACUUCCGGCCCGUCGGGCCGCCCUGUCAUCCCUUCCAAGAGCUUGCCUCCUGACGAAGCAGGAGCCAGGGAGCCGGCGAAACCCAGCGCCUGGCCCUGUUCAUUCGACGCCUCCUCCGGGCCUCUACCUGCAACCGAGGCGCCCGACCCACGAGCAGAGAUGGUGGCUUCUUCUCCCGAUGAUGGCGUGGAGAACGCGGAGAACGACCCGAUGAUUUCGGCUUUGCUGCUGCCCUUUCGGGGGAGCCUGCUCUUUGAGGCAGAGUCCCUAGAGAUCACCCUCUUCCCACAAGGGGAAGCGGUGGGAAAUGAUGUCCUUUACAGUGAGGAGGAGGAGGAGGAGGAGGAAGACAGCACGUCGGCCUCUUUCCUCCAUUCUCUCUCGGAAGCCUCCAUCCACGAAGGGGUGGACGAGUCCUUCGCCUACCGGGAUGACACCUCUCAGUCCUCUGACUCUGCCUCCUAUAACGGAGAGGAGGAUGAGCGCCGGUACAGCGUGGAACAGUACGCCGUGGUUUCCAAAGCUGCCCACGAAGAGGCCGCGCCAACCAAGGAAGAGCCGUGCUCGGGCAGCGAGAGCGAGAUGGAAACCUCGUCGGAGCCGUACAACUCAGAGGACGACGAAGCCUCUUUGGUGGCAUGCAGAGAGCCCCAGGAAGGUGAGGGAGAAGCAGAGGAGAGAGGCUCCUUCCAGGGGGGAGACCCAAGAGGGGAAGAGGUGCCCCAGGAGAAAGAAGCUGCUCACGGCCCCAUGGAGGUGGCGACUCCCACCGUGCUGCAAACCGAGCCACUCUUGAGAGGCCCAGGCGACUCACCUGAACGUUCAGGAAGGAGGAGCACUUCUCCUUCUCUGCAAUGCCAGAGGUCUCCUCCAGAGCAGGAGGAGACCUCUGCAGCUGUUCCUGCCCUGUUGGGUUCCAGAGCACGAAGUGAGGAAGAGGAAGGGUCUCCAGGAGGGAGGGGUUCCCACUCUGCCUCUCCCGAGCCUGAGCCUCUCUCGGAGAACGAAGAGGCCCCGGAGGAAGGUCCCCCUGAUCUUGCUGGGGAGUGUCUCAUUGCCUGCUUUGAUACCGAUGAGGAAUCAGACCCCUUACCUCCUUUGGAGGAAUCUCCAGGGGAGCCUCAACCCGUGGGUCAGAUGGCCAAAGAAUGGGUAGUCCCAGGAGGUCCAGGAGCGGCCAUUCCUCUGGGAUGGGAAUCGGAGCUGUACCCUGUGGAGCUGGCCGUGAGGGAAGCCAACGACCCGGCUGCCUUUGACAUUGGUGCCAAGCUGAAAGAGUCUGAGGAGCAACUGCUGGAACUCCUGGACCAAGACGAGGCCUUGGGGGAGGAGGAGGAGGACCCGGUGGAGCCGGGGGGCCCCAACGGAGGAGGGUUGGACGCAGAACCCAAGAAGGAAGCGCUGUUUGCCUCUCUCCUUGAGGUGUCUGAGGUGGGCAGUUUGGAGCAACCCGAAGUGAUCCGAGCGGACAGCGAGCCGGCCGAGGAGUGCCUCAUCGCCUGCUUCGAUUCGGAAGACGAACUUGAGGAAGCCGCCUCCCUCGACCACAUGAACAACAACGACCAUGCGGUGGUGAUGUUUCUGGAGGCGGAAACGGACUCCCAGCCCCUCACGGGACUCAACGACACACCGGAGGACGUGUUUGUGGCAGCUCACGACCUCCCGUUGGAGGCGCCACCGCCUGGGCCGACUCCUCCGCCCCACACGGAGGCUGAGGAACCCCCUGAAGACCACCGUUGGAGCUUAUGUGGGAGGCAGAGAGGGCUGGAGAGGGGCCCCCACGUAGGACAUCUUCCUUGUGAGGAAGGGGCCCAAGGGGACGACCCAACCACCCAAGUGCCCACCGAUGCCCAAGAUGCCAGCGUCGGGGUGGCUCAGCCUGGUGAGCUGCCACCACCGAUAGGGAUGGGCAGCUGUGCUGUGGGUCCUCCUGCUGAGGAAACCUUUGAGAAUGGGAAGGAAACUUCGGAGCCACUUGGGGAAAACGUCUGCGCCGCCGAAGACCGGCCAGAGGCAGCGGCUGAAGAGUUGGAGGAGCACCCCCAAGAGUUGCCCGCUGAGGAUGAGGCUGGCCAGAACUGGGGAACUCCCUCUGAAGAGGAAGAAGAGGCUGCGGAAGACGACACUGCUUCAGCACUUGAAAGUGGAGAGUGCAGGAGGGCAGCAUCAGUGGAAGGAGAUGCUCCCCUUAGAGACCCUCUUGAAGCUGAACAUCCAGCCAGGGAUGACGCCGGGGGGUUGGAAUCGGGAGCCGGAGUGGUCCAGGAUGUAACCGAUGCUCGGCCCUCGGCCCCUGAAUGCCCUCCUGUCGUGACAGACAAUAACAUGAACUUGGUGCAGGUUGAGAGCGAGGAGAUGAUUUGUGUUCCCGUGGUCAGCGGGAUGGGCAGCGAGACACACUUGGUGGCAGAUGCUAGUGAAAAGGCAGGGCCCAGUGAAGGAGACAGUGAUCCAGGGGUGCCCAUGGCCAUGGAGGUGACCGGCCAGAUCAGCUCCCGGGUGCCUGUGGUUGGAGGGAUGGGAGUGGUAGCACCUCGGGCAGCCACCGAAGACGUUGAGCUGUUUUAUCAGCAAAGCUCUGAGGUCCAAAGUGAGGGGGUGCGGUUGGAACCGGCUGCAUCUCCGCCUUCUCCAGAUGACCGCCAGCCUUUGGACACCAAAGCUCAGGGAGAUGAAGUUUCCUCAGAAACCGCAGAAAACGUAAAUGCAACAUCUUCCCUAGAGCGGGAGGGUGACGUCUCCUGUCGCCCUGCACAGCAGGCCCAUAAGAAGACCUUUGCGGAAGCGCUCCUUCAAGGCCUCCUGCCCGUUUCACGGGCUGAAGUCACCUUCCAGGGAGAAGAUUUGGAAGCCUCCUCCUCCUCUUCUUCUUCAGAGCCGCCCGACGUCUCCCCAUCCCAGUCUCUUACAGAUUCCAGCUUCUUCACAGCGGCUGAAGGUAGUUCGAUGGAGACUGUGGUGCUCACUGCCUCUCCGGACUCCAAAAGAGAGGCACUUAAGACUCCCGAGGAAAUGUGGGGCAGCCCGGCCCGUGUGGUGGAGGAGAGACCUUCUCCACAAGAGCAACAGGCGGCAGCAUCUGAGCCUGAAGAUGGCAAGGCUGAACCUGUGCCUGUAUCGUUGGAAGUUUCCUCAGCCGAGGGUCCUUCUCCUCAGACGCUGGCAGUGUGCCUGCAUCACACAGCUCUCGCCCAGACUUCCUCCUCAGCUGCCUCACGGCGUUCCAAGACACAAAGAGAUCCCCCGACCAUGUCUAAUGAUAACCAACAGGUCUUCUUUGCUUCUGAGGAGGAGAUAUAUUUGACUGAGCCCAAAGAUGCCCUUUCCAGUAGAACGGGAGACAUGGGUGGUGCCGAGGCUGCAGGACACCCACAGGCCGUGGACGUGGACACAGCCUUGGUGGAUUCUGAAACCGUGGUGCUGGAAAGCGGGCCAGCCACUCCUUGCCCGCUUGAGCCACCUGGUGCCUUGUUGCAGAGCGACGCGGCGGUUGCUGAGCUUCCUGACCGGGUUGCAGACCAGCAGCAAAUAACCAGCAUGUUGCGAGGCUCCUUUGGGAACCUGAAGGAGCAGAGAGCAGGAGCGGUUCGACUCAUGAGUAGCCAGCUAGUAGCAGAAGCCCAAAGCCUCCUUGGCAGCCUGAAGGGGAGCGCUGUGGAGAAUUCCUCCGGAGAGCUCACGCCGGAGUGGUCGGAGGCAAAAGAUUCUGGCGAAGAGCCGUUAUCAUCUCAGGGUUCCAGUGAUGCGGCCGCUGAUAGAGACCGAGACACCCUGCCGGCUCGUGAGGAGGAAACGGGGAGAGACGACCUGGGAAAGGAGAGGCCGGAGACGCUGCUGGAAGCUGAGGGUGUUCCCAACCCGUCAGAGGUGGAGGAUACGCUUCUGAACCGUCUGGCCACUUCCAGGCCUGGAGGCGAUGAGCAGCCUCACGAGGGUCUCAUUUUGAUGCCGGAUGAAGGCCAGGGAGAGGAGGCCGAAGUGGCCGAGAGAAGGCCAUGCCAGCAAGAAGAGCUGCCGUUCCAGAGUCCGGAAGCUGAUGUGGUGGCAGAGGAAGGAAUCCGGGAGAUACAAGACGAGGUGGGAUCAAGAGCUCUCGUGGAGGAGCAGCCCGGCCACCUCAGGGUAGAGGAGGAGGAAGAAGCGCAAGCAGAACAAACCGCCUCCCACGGCUUUACUGAAGUCACAAAGGAUUCUGCUCUGGAAACCGACUUCCUGCCCACGGAUGCCGCCCUUCCUUGGCCACGGGCUCCCUUGGGAACCACCACCACCGCUCUAGAAUCUCUGGCUGCUCCCGUUUUGCAGACCGAGGCCCCCGGGUCUCCCGUUGUGGAAGAGACGCCCGUCUCGCCACCUCCUUCUCCAAGUCCUGAGCCUCAAGAAGUGCCUCCUCCUGCUACGCCACCCCUGCCUCCCUCGGAGGGCCAUUUGCCAGGCCCAGCAGCUGCUCCGUGGCUCCCUGCUCCUGCCGCCGUGGGCUUCGGAGAGGAACACGCUCCUUCCAAAGACACCCCAUGCCACCUGCAGGACUCCAGAAAUCUGCCUGUGGAAGGCCUUGAGAAGUCCAGGCCCCCUGGGCCCUGCCAGCCUGACCUACUUCCCAGUAGCAAAGACGCCAGAGGCCGGAACCGGUUGCCCGGCAACAAAGAUGUCCGUGGGAAGGCCUCGGCCUCUGCAGUGGAGAGGCGGGCUGACCGAGGGUCUCUGCAGCUGGAGUCAAGCUCCUCCGGGGAAAGGGACCUCUCCUACCGUUGCCCAGAGAUGGAGAGUCUGAAGGAGGCCACCGGCGUGAUGUUGCUGGAAGAGAAGAAGCCGCUGGUGGGGAAGAGAGGCCACGAGGCCAACCAUAAAGGGUCUUCGAAUGACUCGGAAAGCAAUGAGGGGUCAAUACCUGAACUAGAAGAGCCGGAGGUUUCAGAACCACGGACAGCUCAAUCACAGGCUCAGCUGACACACUCCUUGGGGACAGGCGAAGAAUCCAUCAGCAAAGCCAAACAGAGUCGGAGCGAAAAGAAGGCGCGGAAGGCUAUGUCCAAGCUUGGGUUGCGGCAAAUCCACGGCGUCACCAGGAUCACGAUCCGCAAAUCAAAGAACAUCUUGUUUGUGAUCACCAAGCCAGAUGUCUUCAAAAGCCCGGCCUCGGACAUCUACAUUGUCUUUGGAGAAGCCAAGAUCGAAGACCUUUCGCAACAGGUCCACAAAGCCGCGGCUGAGAAGUUCAAGGUGCCCAUGGAGCAUUCGCCUUUGAUCACAGAAACGGCCCCCACCCUUACGAUCAAAGAGGAGAGCGAGGAAGAAGAGGAGGUGGAUGAAACAGGUCUGGAGCUGAGGGACAUUGAGCUGGUCAUGGCUCAGGCGAACGUGUCGCGCCCCAAAGCUGUCCGGGCUCUCCGGCACAACAACAACGAUAUUGUGAACGCCAUUAUGGAGCUGACUAUGUAGCAUCGGUGGGCCGGCCUGCCCGCCUAGCCUCCGCCUCCGUUCUGUAUAGAUGCACAGUGGCCCAUAAUCCAAUACAGCUGUUGUUCGUUAGGACUGCAAAUAAUUAGUCCCAACUAUUCUGCAUUGAUAAUGCUGCUCAAUAAAUGCUAUAUUCACUUGAACUGCA